AGGGAGACCCUGCGGGGAAGUUCCUCGCCGCUGCCUUUCGCCCGAACAAGCAGGCGGACCUCGGUGCUUAGGCGAAGAAGGCAGGGAGGGCAUCCCCCCCCCUCCCGCGGGCUUUCUCGGUGCGGACCAAGACUUAGGCAGGCAGCCACGCCGACGGCGGCAAAGGGGGCAACCAUGAGCGCCGACUACGACGUGGUCGUGAUCGGGGGAGGCAUCUCAGGUAUGUCAGCGGCAAAGUUGUUGUUUGAAUCUGGACUUAGUGUUGUGGUUUUAGAGGCUCGUGACAGAGUUGGGGGACGGACUCACACAAUUAGGAACAAGCAAGUGAACUAUGUAGAUGUUGGUGGAUCGUAUGUUGGACCUACUCAGAAUCGAAUUCUGCGACUGGCUAAAGAACUUGACAUAGAAACAUACAAAGUGAACGUUGAUGAGCCUGCCAUCCUGCAUAAAGAAGGGAAAUCCUAUCCACUCUAUGGUUUCUUUCCUUCAACAUGGAAUCCUUUUGUAUACCUAGAUUUUAACAAUAUUUGGAGAACAAUGGAUGAAUUGGGAAAACAGAUUCCUGCUGAAGCACCAUGGGAUGCACCAUUUGCUGAAGAAUUAGACAAAAUGACCAUGAAAGAGUUCAUUAACAAACACUGCUGGACCAAAGCUGCUAGAGAUUUCACUACUCUCUUUGUUAAUGUCAAUGUCACUUCUGAGCUGCAUGAAGUCUCUGCUCUCUGGUUCUUGUGGUAUGUGAAACUGUGUGGAGGAACAUACAGGAUCUUUUCUGUGACCAAUGGAGGGCAGGAGAGAAAAUUUGUUGGGGGUUCUGGACAGAUAACAGAAAAGAUCAUGGAGCGACUCAAAGGAAACGUUAAACUGGAGAGUCCUGUAUUUUGCAUUGAUCAAUCAGGUGAUAACGUCGUUGUGGAGACACUGAACCAUGAGAUAUAUAAGUGCAAGUUUGUGAUCUGUGCCAUUCCGCCAAUCCUAACCACAAAAAUCCAUUUCAAACCAGAACUGCCAACAAAAAGAAACCAGUUAAUCCAGCGCCUUCCAAUGGGCUCUGUUAUUAAAACCAUGAUGUACUACAAAGAACCUUUUUGGAAAAGAAUGGGAUACUGUGGAGCCAUGUUGAUUCUGGAUGAUGAGGCUCCAGUUUCAGUAACUUUAGAUGAUACGAAACCUGAUGGGUCCAUACCUGCUAUUAUGGGCUUUAUUCUUACAAGAAGGGCAUUUAGAUUAGCAGAGCUUAGCAAAGAGGAGAGGAAGAAAAAGAUAAGUGAACUGUAUGCAAAAGUAUUGGGAUCAACAGAAGCAUUACAGCCAGUGCAUUAUGAAGAAAAGAACUGGAGUUCAGAACAAUAUUCUGGAGGCUGCUACACAGCGUAUUUUCCACCAGGCAUCAUGUCCCAGUAUGGAAGGGUAAUUCGCCAGCCAGCAGGUCGCAUCUACUUUGCUGGCACUGAGACAGCUACUCAGUGGAGUGGCUACAUGGAAGGGGCAGUGGAAGCUGGAGAAAGAGCAGCCAGAGAGGUAUUGUGGAGCAUGGGGAAAAUUUCAAAGAAUGAAAUUUGGGUAAAAGAACCAGAAUCGAAGGAUAUCCCAGCCAUCCCCAUCACAACUACAUUUCUGCAGAGAAACUUGCCAUCCAUCCCAGGAUUCCUGGCCUUCCUUGGAUUUUCUGCUUUCAUCACCUCUUUGGCUGGAGCUGGAGUCUUUGCCUAUAAAAAGGGACUUAUCGCCCGAGAGUGUAUCUGAAACAACAGUUGUUGCUUUCCUCUUCAUGCUGAGAAUGUUGUGUUUGGAGAGACCCUCUUUGGGACACCUGCAACAACAUAUCCAACCAAAUUUAAGCCAUGCCCUGUGAAGCAACAGAGGUUUUUCAUCCCUAAUUGAUUUUACUUGGUUGAAAAUCAGUGACCUUUCUCUUCCAUCACUACCCCACCAAUAAAACAAUGAGAAUAAACCAGAAGCGCAGCUUUGCACAUUUCCUAAUGCUUAUGAAAAACUUCACCCUUAAUUUUAAAAAUCUUACAGUGAACAAAUAAAUGUUAAAAGAUUUCUCUAGUAGCUUAUUACACUAGAUGCUGAUUCUAUCAAGUGCCUGUUGCUUACUGCUUUCUUAAACUGCAGAAGAACUGUAAAUAUAUUUUAGCUAUUUGGUGUUGCAAAACUCAUCAUGGGCUUGAAUGAAUCAAAAUAAGUAAUAUUACAUAAUUUUAAAGGGAAAUAAUGAAAUGAAAAGAAGAUUCCAAGAAGUUGCAUUGAUAAAAGCAGAGAGAAGGGUGUGUUACUUGUUUUACAAGAACUGCUUUACAGGAAAUGAGAGAGAGUCAAGUGUUUGGAAACAUUAUGAUUUUGGACUAAGAAUACUGGGAGUUGUAGUCCAACAACAUAAUUUUUUCGAUCUCCAAAGUAGGAUCCUUGUCUACUCCUCUGCCUGCUGUAACAAAUGUAGAGUAUUCCCAGUAGAUGGCAACCCGGUCUUCACUUGGAGAUGCCUAGUCAAGGUCAUCCACCCUCCACCUCUUGAGGAGUUUGGCUGCAUUGCUGAGCAACUCUUAUUGUCAAUACCUUUCUCCUAAUGUCCAAUGAAAACCUACCCCCUUGUAAAUUACAUCUGUUAAAUAUAAUCCUGCCGUCUCAGCCAGUAGUAAAGAUGCAAACUCUUGCCUUGUUUUGAGUGUUAGGCCUUUCGCUAUUUGAAGAGUCUUCCAUCCCUUUUGUUUUUGUUUGCACCCUUCUAAAAUGCAGCUGCCAGGCAUCAAUUUUGCAAGCCAGACCUCAUCUGGACAUUGUGCUCCUGACUUGCAGAGACAAAUAUCUCCUCUACUGCAAAUGAAUUUGAUGCUACUUUGCUUUCUUCUUCAUUUUUAAACGAGUGAAUUAGGAAGCACUUAGUUUAAAACAGAAUCUAGGGACCCAGAGAGUGGUUGCCAAAUACAAUGCAGAUAAUGUUUUUCAUUCUGGCACAAAUGAAUGUACUUCCUGCCCUUUAUUCUUCCAGUAACUUUAUGUGGUAGAUUAAACUAAGAGACAGUGCCUUGGACCUUAUAGUAGUAAGUCCCACUGAAAUCAGUGUUUAAGUCAAUCACGGCUACUUACAUUAUACUGAUUACAGCAGGUCUUAAUGUAGUUAUGACUCUGACACCAAUGUAGUUCCUAGCCCAUGGUCACCUUGUGUGUGGAUAUGUUGAGCCCUGGCUUUCUAAAUCUAAAUCCAGCACUGAAGCCAAAUUGGUAAUGAACAGAGGUAAAUGUAGCAUACCAUUCUCUAAAAAGAAAAUAAUGUAUUUCAGGUAAACCAGUAUAGAUUGAAAAUUACACUAUUGAAGUAUUCUGAUAGGGGAUUCAGAUAGGUUAAUGUUUUCAUUGAUAAUUACAUUUGCCAAAUGCUAGAAAUCAUCUGUGCUUCUCCAUCUCCAUAAUUUAGUGAAAUGUGCCUUUUGAACAUCACUUAAAUUAGCAUUAAAGUAUCAAUUUAAAACAC